AGAGUUCCGGUCGAAACAGCGCUGACGAUCUCUGGUUAUUUCGCAAAUGUUAUCCAGUACGGUUUAAAAGUUACCCCGAAUUCCCAACGUCUCUUGUUGGAUCAUAAACCGAAGGAUGUUUCGUACAACACGUGACUUCCAACGCUUACGAUCAGUUAGGUAUGCAGAAGUGAGAGUCCUGUCAUUUGUUGUGUGCGACUAGACGCUGCUUUUGUGCCACUUUGGUCAAUCGGUUACCUCGCGUUAUCCGCACCAUCGAUUACCGAUUACCGAUUACCUCACCAUGGAAUUUUACUUAAUCACAAAUUGAUCGUGUCGAUGUUCUCGUCCUGGAGCAGGAAGUGACCUAGUCUCAUCGUCAGAGACAAUUACUAGCCCGGGCGCCAGUGUAAGGUCAGCGGUGGUGCCGGAGUGAUAUUCUACAUAUGUUGUUGUGCGGAGAACUCCUGAGCGGCAGUUUUGUGACAGCGGGUGCGGCUUCGGUCGGCCCCACAGGACGCGGGCUCUGGCUACCCGGUUGUUUGCGUGCAACCAGCCCCAGACUCAUAUCUCCUUACCUGCCCCUCCUUGCCGAGCUCCUUGCCACCAGCUACUACACCAUGGCUCUCACCCAGGCCCAACAGAACAACCUCGACAAUCACCCUUCCGCCGACAACCUGGACCUCGAUGGCCACGACAUAGACGAGGACGUCUUUCUCGCACAGAAACUAGAGAACGGACUCCUCUCCUUCGAGAACCCAAACUAUCAUCUGGAUCCGGCGCGCCUUGACGACGCCCUGAACAGUAACAGCGGCAGUUCCCUCUACGACGAGCUUUACCAGGAAUUGGUUGGCGGGGGAGAAGUGACCGGGGGUGGCGGCGUCGACGGGGGCGUAACCAGGGUACAGGCCCGACGCACCUACGCAGCACUUGACCUUGGAAGUAUGGGGGUCGACGUAACGCAAGGACCUCUCACCCAGGAGUCGGGGGAGGACGCCGCCGACAACACCGACAAUCACAACCUCAGGUACAGCAAUGAGGGUGUAGCGGAGAAGUCGACGCUGGUCGAUGACACCCUCAACGGCAAUCCUCACGUUCAUGUACUCGACCGAGCCGACAGAUCAAAGGGUCCAACAUUGCCUCCGCAAGUUAGCGCCUCCUCAUUGACGGAUUCCGUCGGAUCUAUCGGCUGCACUCGCGGUCCAGAUCUAACUGAAAGAGCCAACGCCACCUUAAGGGACUACUGCGAGAAGCCUGACAACGAAUCCGAAAUGGGUGGAAUACCUCACGUGGAAGGUGGGCUGAACAGCGACCUUUACGCGGUUCCAGUAAAACGUCGUCAGCCAAAAGACCACAAAGACCAGAAGGACUUGCCGCUGCAACCGAAUACGGAGAAGCUGCCAGCAGCCGCGGACAUCGACGCGGUUGACUCCGAAGACAAAGAUGAAAAUCUCCCACCGGGAUGGGAGAAACACGAAGACAACGACGGUCCGUAUUACUGGCACAUAAAAAGCGGCACCAUCCAAAGAGAACCACCCGAGGCUCCACUGCCUUCGAAAUCAGACUCUCGCAGAAGUUUAGUUAAGGAUAACGAUAGUAUAAACAAUUUUCACUCAAUCGGCGGAAUGGUGAACACGGUCACCCGCAGCAAUACCAGCUCUGCCCUUGAUCAGGAUCUCGAAAACAAGAGGAAAGAGGAUCUCGCUCUCAAGCGAAGGAGUUACCCAGCCCGCGUUGACACCGAGAGCAGAGACAGGCCGAUCAGGUUUGCGGUCCGUUCGUUGGGGUGGGUCGAGGUGGCCGAAGAGGAUCUGACCCCGGAGCGGAGUAGCAAGGCUGUCAACAAGUGCAUCGUCGAUUUGUCACUGGGGAGGAACGAUUUACUGGACGUUGUAGGAAGAUGGGGAGACGGAAAAGACUUGUUUAUGGACUUGGACGAGGGUGCGCUUAAACUAAUAGAUCCGGAAAACCUGACAGUACUCAAUACUCAGCCCAUUCAUACGAUCAGAGUGUGGGGCGUUGGCAGAGACAAUGGACGCGAAAGGGACUUUGCGUACGUCGCCAGAGACAGAUCGACGAGAAGACACAUGUGUCACGUGUUUCGUUGCGAUAUGCCGGCACGCACGAUCGCCAACACCCUUCGCGAUAUUUGCAAGAAGAUUAUGAUCGAGAGAUCGCUUCAUCAGAAUCUUGCUAAGCCAGUUGACAUUAACGGGAGAACAAGCUUGGCAACUAGACCAACUAAUCUUCCUACGGAACACAGACGAUUCCACAGAAACGGUCAGGCUCUAGUCACACAAUCGUUCCCAACGCCAAUGGAAGAGCCAAAGAAAGUUCUGAGAGCACAGUACCUAGGCUCGAUGCAAGUUUCGCAAGCCAGCGGUAUGGAUGUGUUGAAUGACGCGAUAGAUCACAUGGUAACAAACACGCCGAAUGAUCAAUGGCGAAAUGUCAACGUUGCAGUGGCACCGAGCAUGAUAUCCAUCCUGACGCCAAAUGAUGACAAGCUUAUAACCGAAUGUCGAGUUCGUUACCUAUCCUUUUUGGGGAUCGGCCGCAACGUGAAACAGUGUGCCUUCAUAAUGCAUACGGCUCAGGACAUCUUUAUCGCACACGUAUUCAACUGCGAACCGAGUAGCGGAGCGCUGUGCAAAACUAUCGAAGCUGCUUGUAAGCUGAGGUACCAGAAAUGCCUAGACGCUCAUCCCCAAGGAUUCAGGAAUGCAACCAGCCUAAAUACCCCGGGAGGACGGGGACUUGGAGCCACUUUGAAAUCUCUUGUCGGAUCUCUUACUGGUCGAAGAAACAAGCAAGGUGAAUCCUGAGAUGAGGCUCUCUCGCUGCAGGAACUGUGGCCACUACCUGCAGAGCGAGAGGUAAUAAGACACAGACAUCUGCAGUCCCCGUUGACCCUGAAAUACUUUGGAGGAUCACCGCCUAGUGCAUCUCUGCGGUCACUUCUCUCGCCGUCGUUGGAUACAAGGCGCAUACAACUUGCACGCUGGGAAAGCAAUCCUUAGAUAAACAUGCAAUCCUUCUUUCAAGGAUGAAUGAUUUUUAAAAGAUAGCAAGAAUAACAGGAAUGAGAAAAUAUGAGAAAAAUAAUCCCACGUUAAGAUUUCGGCACUGGUGUUGUGUCGCUAUGCAUAAGACCUCUCCCUCAGUCCUUAAGAUGAAAAAAAAAAAAAAAAAAAAAAAAAUCGGGAAUUCAGCAACGUCCUAUAUGAAACCUAUAAACGACAA